AUGGAGGGCCAACUACGCCAUGACACAAGAUUUAGCUACAUCCUCAGAAGCAGCCUGCCCUCUAACCUGACAACCAGUUCAGUCAAUGCCACACACGUCUUCAGUGUGUUUGAUGGGUGCGAAGAUAUGGUGGCUGGUGUCGUUUUUGACCUAGCCAUACAGUGCUUCAAUGUGAUCAUAGGAAUACCUGCCAACAUCCUGGUUCUCGCAAACCUAAUAAAGACCCGAAAUGAACCUUUAACCUCUGACAUCUUCCUGGGCUGCCUGGCUUUCAUGGACGCCUACUUUGGAUUCAUGACAAUCAUAGCAUUCCUCAAUUUCUACCACUGGAGGAGUGCUAUGGGUUGGAGAGCUAUGAAAUUCUCAUAUGGUGUGAAGGACACCAGUGGGCCGCUUUUCCUCUCCUGCGUCUGUCUGGAUCGCUUUAUAGCCGUUAUCUUCCCCAUCGCAUUCGGACAAUUGAAGGACAUCAAAUACAGGAUCGGCCUGACCAUUGUGGUUUUGCUGCUCACUUUUGCGUAUGCUUCGGCUAAAACCGUUGGUGGGCUUUCAAACUUUGAGAAGGUUUUCACUGGUGAGGUCUUGUUUGCCUUCACCUGGAUGGUGGUGUGUAACGUGGCCAUCCUCUGGGCCCUGAAACGCUCACGAGGUUCUGGUAAAGAUGAGAUGAAUCCUAUGAAAAGAAAGGCCUUUAAGAUGGUGCUGUCUAUCUUGAUCAUAAUCAUAAGCAACUAUCUCCCUCCAGUUGCUAUGUUCCCCUUUGAAGACCAUUAUCCCCAUAAGAUCUUCACUUGCUAUGUGCAACCAGUUUGUUUUGCCUUCGUAAACAUCAGCAGCACUAUCCAGCCUUUAACUUACUUGUCCCGCUUAGAGAAAGUACCAUUUUUGCCAGAAUCUUGUGUGAAGAAGUUAAGCUGCAAGGAAAAAGACAAGCCCUCAAAGGAAUGA